CUUGCUUGGUAAUUGGUAUUAUUAACUACUCCCUAAUAAAUAAUAAUUAAAUCAUUCUGGGAAAUAAGAAAAGUGAGAUAUACAACGAACCUAUAACAUUACUUAACUUUCACAGAUCAUAGACUACAUAACCGAUUUUAACUGUAUUCCGACCGCGAAAGCAAACACACCCAUAAAUGCGCAAACAAGCUAAUUUAAAUAUAUACCUUACAUACAUACUUAUAAGCAUAGUGGAACACUAGAGGAGACAAUUUGCCAGCGCUACAUAUCAAACGAAUCCGAUACUGAAUUCAGUUCCAAAUCGGCUUUUAAAGCGAGUAGACGUGCGUGGAAAAUAUAAAAAAAUAGCGUCAAUAAUGACAACAGAUAACUUGACAGCCGUUCUCCACGGAAUCGAGGACCUGCGGUUGGAACAACGGCCAAUCCCAGAAAUCGCAGACGAUGAGGUCCUGCUGGCGAUGGACAGUGUGGGCAUUUGCGGCUCGGACGUCCAUUAUCUGGCUCACGGACGCAUCGGUGACUUUGUGCUGACCAAGCCGAUGAUCAUUGGCCACGAAGCCGCUGGAGUGGUGGCCAAACUGGGCAAGAAGGUGACCAACUUGAAGGUGGGCGACCGGGUGGCCAUUGAGCCGGGUGUUCCCUGCCGUUACUGCGACCACUGCAAACAGGGCACGUACAACCUCUGUGCCGGCAUGGUCUUCUGUGCCACGCCCCCUUAUGAUGGAAACCUGACGAGGUACUACAAACACGCCGCCGACUUCUGCUUCAAGCUGCCCGAUCACGUCAGCAUGGAGGAGGGAGCCCUCCUGGAACCCCUGUCCGUGGGAGUCCACGCCUGCAGACGAGCUGGAGUCGGUCUGGGCUCCAAGGUGCUCAUCCUGGGCGCUGGUCCCAUUGGUUUGGUCACCCUGCUGGCUGCCCAAGCCAUGGGUGCUUCGGAGAUCCUCAUCACCGAUUUGGUGCAGCAACGUCUGGAUGUGGCUAAGGAACUGGGUGCCACCCACACGCUGCUCCUGCAGCGGGAUCAGUCCGCCGAGGAGACCGUCAAGGUGGUCCACCAAACCAUGAGCGAUGCUCCGGACAAGGCCAUCGAUUGCUGUGGAGCCGAGAGCAGUGCCCGCCUGGCCAUCUUUGCCACCCGAUCCGGUGGUGUCGUGGUGGUGGUGGGCAUGGGAGCUCCGGAGGUCAAACUGCCUUUGAUUAACGCCCUCGCCCGCGAAAUCGACAUCCGUGGCGUCUUCCGAUAUUGCAAUGACUACUCGGCCGCUUUGGCUUUGGUGGCUUCGGGCAAGGUGAAUGUGAAGCGACUUGUGACGCACCACUUCGACAUUUCGGAAACGGCCCAGGCGUUCGAGACCUCCCGCCGCGGACUCGGAGGCGCUAUCAAGGUCAUGAUCCACGUUCAGCCGAGGGACGCCAACAACCCAAUCAAAUUCUAAAUAUACAGCCUUAUCUUAAAA